AUGUUGCAAAACGUGUUGCGGUCGAAGUUUGGCUAUGAUGAUUUCAAGAGUGAUAUCCAAAAACGGGCCACUACUGCCAUUCACAAAGGAAAGCAAGAUGUAUUCGUGUGUAUGCCGACUGGCUCUGGAAAGUCUCUUUGUUUUCAAUUGUCAGCGGUAAUGAAAGAGGAAAAAGUAGCGAUUGUCUUUUCACCACUUCUAGCUCUGAUGAAGAAUCAGAUAGAUUUUCUAGUGAGCAAAAAGAUAAGUGCUUGUUCUUUGAACUCUACUACUUCAAGCAAAGAGAGGAACGCAAUUAUGAAAGAUCUUACAUCAGAUGCGCCUAAUAUAAAAUUGUUAUAUGUCACACCCGAAAUGGGAGCGCAACAACAUUUUCAGGAAACUGUAAUCCAAUUGAGAAAGAAGAAGACACUUUCUUACUUUGUUAUUGACGAAGCACAUUGCUUAAGCGAAUGGGGUCAUGAUUUUAGGCCAACUUAUAGGCAAUUGGGAGUAUUCAAAAAGUUGUGUCCCAAAAUACCUGUGAUAGCAUUAACCGCAACUGCUGCAAAACAGGUGAAGGAUGAUAUUCUUCAAAGCCUCCACAUGAAAGACGCGUUGGUAUUCUCACAGCCUGUAUUUCGUUCCAAUUUGUAUUACGACGUGUGGUUUCUGGAGACAUUGGACAAACCGUUUGUACACUUGAAAAAUUUUAUUUUGGAGUCUCUCGGUCCAGCAGAUGAUUCUGCUCCCAUGCACAAAAGAAAUUGUGGUAUCAUUUAUUGUAGAAAGAAGGAAGCGACUGAAAUCGUUGCGCAUAAAUUAACUCUUGCCGGUAUUACCACGCUCGCUUAUCACGGAAGUUUGAAACCUCAGGAGCGUAAUGAGGUGCAGAACAAGUGGACAACGGGUGAAGUACCGGUCAUAGCGGCAACUUGCAGUUUUGGCAUGGGCGUUGACAAGGGAUCUGUUAGAUUUGUUGUCCACUGGACGGUACCUCAAAAUAUCGCAGCGUAUUAUCAAGAAUCGGGAAGAGCUGGAAGAGAUGACAAGCCAGCAUUUUGCAGGGUUUAUUUUAGUAACGAAGAAUACAGACCCAUUUCGUUUCUUAUCAAGGAGGAAAUCACGCAGAAGAAUUCGGAGCUUGUGAAAAUUAAAUGGCAGAAUUUUGAGAAGAGCGUUGCGUAUUGUUUAGAAGCAAAAUGUCGGCACGCAGUGUUCUCCAAAUAUUUUGGUGAUUCUCCGCCACCAUGCAAAAAUAGAUGCGACGUAUGUGAAAAUAAAGACCAAGUAAGCGCGAGGAUUGCUCAAUUUGAAAUGUGUCAGACGAGAGCUCCAAGCCGAUCUCGAAAAUCGCGAAGUAACUUGGGCGGUUCAAUGCCUAUGAAUUAUGAUGAUAGCGACGACGAUGGAAUGGUUGAAUUGGAUGAAUCAGGAGAGUCAAGAGAGAAAAUUAUAAUGGCUGAAAAACGAGAAAGGAGAGAACUUAUUAUGGAACAAUUUGCACUUCGACGUGCUACGUCUAAGGAAGAUGAAAUAAGGCGGCAAAACGUCAAACAUGCGAAAGUAGCGCAUGUUCGCGCAGCUGAUAGCACAGAUAGGAAAGUAAAAGGUUUAACCGUGCAAGUACGCGAACAUUUUUACAAUGAAUUGAAAGCAGCAUUAUUUGAAAAUUAUCAGCAUUGCUAUUUAGAAGAUAAUAAACAGUUUGAAGAGAAGGAUAUGCCUAAUAUGGCCAUUAAUCUAGAAUACAAAAUAUUUUCCAACACUAAAGUACCAAAUAAAUACAAAUUUGAUGUCUCUAAACUGAUUUCAUCAAUACGAAAAUGUACUAAUAAUAACAGCGUGUAUGAAGCAAUACGUGACUAUAAUAAAAUCGAGUCACAUAAUGUGGAGUCUAACGACUCCAUUAUCGAUAUAUCCAGUAAUGAACAAGGAUUAGAUAUAAUAAAAACAGAAUUUAACGGAAACGCUGAUUUACCCAAUGAACAUGGUAAAACGAUUUUUCCUUCCGUUUUCAAAACCGCAUUAGAGAUUAGAAAUGAAGAAAAGUUACAAGCGUCUAAGUCGGACAGAAAUGAAAGGGCGCAAUUUAAGAAAUUAUGUGUUAACGAUAUCGAGAUAGGUGAAACUAAAUACGAAACAUCUAUUGCUAUUAAUUGCAACAGUGUACAAAAAAGUAAGGACGACGCAUCACAGAUGCAAAUGUCAGAUGGUUUUGUUUGCGCGCGAAAAAUUUAUGAUGACACACGUUUGCCCAGUUCUAGUGCAAGAUCUUCGAAACAUAAUACAAAACAUAAUACAAAUUCGUCGACAUCGAGAGCUCGCAGAAGUAAAGCAGAUAAGAGCGUAAAGAAGGCCAGUAAAACGAUUUAUGAACAAAUAUUAGCAUCAGCAUCAGCACGAUCACUUUCGAAGAUGACAAACUAUAAUUCAGAUAUUUCCGAGACAAAGUCGAAAGUCGAUGAUACUGUUGACUUUAAAAGUGAAGAUAAGACUAAUAAUGAAAGUAAGAAUGACAGGUGUAGCGAAUUUGCGGAAUGUGCGGAAAAGGGUGAUAUGAAAAUUUCUCUUGAAACGGAAUCCAAAGUUGUUAAUUUUAUUAAAGAUGUAGACCGAAUUCAGGAUAAGAAUAAAAAUAAAAGAAGCUGCGGAUCUAGUGAAUAUUUCGAGAAUGAUACAAAAUCUGACGGGAAAAAAAGAGCUGUACACAGAGAAGUCAAUGAUAAAACUCACAAUUCUACAUCCGAAAAGAAUAUUGAUAAAAAUCUUUUUAAUAAUAAAAAUGAAGAGCAAUUGGUAGAAAAGGAUAGAAUAAAAAAGUCUUCCAAAACAGAGGAUAAUUUAGUAUCAGAGAAGAAAAGGGAAUCUGUUUGUUUGUCUCAUUCCAAACAUCACGAAAAAAACAAGAGUAAUAAGAAAAUAAAAGUUCCUGCGGAUAGAGCUACACAAUUUAAAACGGCAGAAAUUUUAAAAUCGUAUCUAAUGAAAUAUUAUCCAUCAGAACGUAUCCCAGAUAGAGCGACAUUCUCAAAAACUUGCAGAGAAAUGCAUUACAAUAUGCUGAAGAAAAAAAUAUUCGACAAGGAAGGUAUACAUAACUUUGUUGUAAGAAUCAUGAGUCAAGCUUGAAGGAUCGAUUUUAUGUCUAAAACGUGUUUCUAUUGAAAAUGGAUAAGUGGCGGGAAGAAACAACAUUAUUAAUCAAUAAAUUUACUUUUGUAUGAAUUUCUUUCUAAUGCAUUUAUACCCUUAAAUUAUUAAAUGUGUGUAUUUUUAUACGUGUCUGUAAUAAUUGCAAUUGUGUGUACAAUGAUUGUUUUAAUUAAACUUUUGUAGUUAUGCUUUUCAAAAACUGUCCCUAUUCCAUUAUAAUUGUGACAUAUAAUACACAUAUAAUAUUGCUAGAGAAAAGAGAGGGAUAAACUUUACGUAACAUUAAUGUAUAUGUGUUAUAAAUUUUUUAUUACUUUGAUUUAUGCUGUGUUUUAAACAUAGCACAUAUUGGACACACUAUCAUGUUUUAUAAAGAUAAAAAAAUAUUUUUCUUGUGAUUUACGUUAUAUUCGGGCGAAUAAUAUAUAAUAAAAAUCUACUUUUAUAUCUAAGUAUCAUAUAUUAAUCCUUUGUAUUUGGAUCUUUUUCGGAUAAACCUUCCAGCAACUUGGAUUUUUCGGCAUAUUACGUAUAUGUAAUAAAUGAAUAAUUUGAAAGUAAACAUGAUAUUUUUUUAGCAUAUUAUAUUUAGCGUAUUAUAAUAGCAUAUUUUGGUUUGUUGAUUCUUUCAGAAUUUUUACAAUAUAAUGUUGAUGUACCCGAAAAAGACACUAUAAGUAUAACCAAACAUAAUCUAUGUACCUAUGAGUAUAGAUAUUAAAUACUUUGAGUACAAAGGAUUAAACAUAUAAUUACUAGCACAUAUAUUCGAUUAAUAUUAAAUCUGCGUUUUCAAUAAAUUGUAUAAAAACAAGGCAAGAUAUUCCGGAGAAAAAUAUUUCUCAUUGAGCUAUGAUUUAUGUCUAUAGCCAUUUAUGAUAUACACACCUCGUUUAAAAUUACCAUUCGUUAUUCCCCUAAAACAUAUAAUAACUUAUGUGGUUCAUACAAAAGUGACAUAUGUAUAAAAGGAUUGUGCUUUUUUAUACAUGUAUAAAAAAUACUAUUUGUAUAAAAAAUACUAUUUGUAUAUAAGAUUGUAUAAAAACGCCCUUAUAUAUCUACUCAUAUUUCUACAUUUGUAUUCCCUGAAACUUGUUUUCGUUGUUUAAUUAAAAUUAUUAAAACAUUACACUAGUUUUCAGACAAUGGAUCUAACAUUCUAAUGUAUAUUGCACAUUUGAUAUAAUUCAUUCUAAGUACUUAUUUACAUAUUUACAAUAAUGCAUUAUAAAAUAUUUACAGUCCAAGUGUAACAUAUUACAAUGUGGACUGUGAAUAUUUUAUGUUAUUACAUAAAUGUGUUAUUACAUAAAACGAUACAUUUAAUACCGUUGUUUGAAAUAUAUUUUUAUGCAAUUUUAUAUUUUAUCAAUAAAUCACAAUCUUUUUCGAUAAACAUCUAAUGAGCAAAAUAAGAUCCU